AUGGAGGAAUCACCCACCAUGGAAUCGGAACCCCAUGCGCCAGAAGGGGAAUUUCCGCAUUCACCGUGGGUAGAUCUGGGAACAUUUACCUCACCACAACAUUCUCCUCCGAUGCCUGAAUAUAGUGGGUUCGAGUAUGGUCCUUCGCCUAUUAUGGCGGUGGAUGGAUACGGCAUGAACCUGCCGCCACCCUACACUUCCAUGCCGCUCCCGAUGCCGUCGCAUGCCUGGCCCAGCAUGCUUACACACCAUUCGACUUUCCAUGAAAAUGGACUUCCCCCAGUUCCCACACCUAUUUCAGUAUCUCCUUCUGCGCCUAUGCCUCCAAUUCGGAAAUCGUCUACUGGAGGGGCCACUCCGCGACGGACUCUGACCGAUGAAGACCGUCGGCAGAUGUGUUUAUACCAUGAAGAACAUAAGACUGCCAAGCAGACUGAUAUUGGAGCAUUAUUUGGGGUCGAAAGAAGUACUGUAUCCAAAGUAUUGCGACAGAAAGAGAAGUACUUGAGCCCUAAUGAUGGAAGCCGAUCGCCUAUCAAACGGGCCAAGGGUCGGGUUCCUGACAUUGAAAAGGCCCUAUCAAACUGGGCAAGGAACUAUCAACGCGGGGGUUACCCAAUCAACGAUGAGAUGAUUCAGGAGAAAGCUCUCUUUUUCGCCAGUACCUGCGGAUGCCCCGAGGGUAAAGAUAAGGUACUCACGCCCGCAUGGCUGGAAAAAUUCAAGCAGAAGAACAAUCUGUUGGGUGCUACGUCACGCAAGGGUUCUGAUGCCCGACGAAGCGGGUCUAGCAGCCCUACUCGAAUUAACACCAACUUCUCCAACGGAUCUACCAUCCAGAGUCCUAGGCGUCUUUCUCCUGUUUCUCCGACAAAUAUUUUCGGCUCGCCAAUCUCUCCUGGCCAGAGCCCGGACCGGGUCAAAAGGGAAUUCGAUACUGUCCCCGAACUAAUUGGAGGCUAUCAUGGUCAUUCAAAAAGCACCACCUCCCUGGACACCAACUCUACCGAAAUGAUCAGCCCCAGCUCAACCUUGGUCUCAGACAGUCCCUUUACACCUACCAGUCAAUCCCGUCUCCCAUAUUCGGGUAACAACAACAGACCCCGCAGUUCGACAUUCCCCCUCCCAAUCGACCCUACCCUGAUAACCGCAGACCACUCGAUCGAAAAGUCAGACUCGCGAAAAUCCAGCCAAGUCGCCAUCCUCGAGUCUCCCCUAGAAUUCGGCGACGAAGAAGCGCGCAACGCAAUCAAGGGAACCGACCCGCAGAAACUGAUCAAGCGCAAUCGCAGCGACCCCGAGAUCAAAACGAACUCUAUGCAACCACCUCCCGUUGUCUCCAAGUCCGCCGCUGUAUCGCCUGACAGUGCACCAGGGUCUCCGACACAAGACGAAGCCCGUCAGGCUCUGGAGAUUGUAAUGAAUUACCUCCAACACCAGCCGUCCGGCCUUACGGCAACGGCGCAGGAGUUCGUGACUAUCGGCAAGCUGAUGGAGCGUCUUGAACUGGCCAAGGGUCAGGCAUAUUCUUUCUUGGGUGGUCUUCCUCGAAUUGACGAGCAUGAUGAUGGUCCUCGCGUGAGCAAGAAACGAAGUAUUCACAAUCUCGGUUGA